ACUACAAAUGGAUGACUACAGUAGCUCAGCGGCAGUCCGCCGGACUUUGGACCUUCACAGAGCCGAUCAGUGCCCUACGGGACAGCGGCUGUGUUGAAAUACGGAAAGCAGCAGCAGUCCUGCUGUGUUUUGUUGUCAUGAUGGAUUUCCACAAACUUUGCACCUUUGAAACUUUUCAGCAGGUCUCGGGGCGCUACGGUUAUGGAAGAAACUUCCGAGACGUGAUCGAGCAGGAGUUCACGCGGAUUAAAGGGGUAACAUACCUGGAUCAUGCAGCAGCUGCUUUGUAUCCUGAGUCUCUGCUUAGGGACUACUGCCGGGACAUUUCAAGCAAUGUGUACGGAAACCCCCACAGCUAUAACCCCAGCAGCAGAUUGACACAUGACACAGUGGAGCGGGUCAGGUACAGGGUAUUGCAGCAUUUUAACACCACCCCUGAGGAGUACUCUGUGAUUUUCACUUCUGGUUGUACAGCCGCUCUUAAAUUAGUGGCUGAGAGCUUUCCCUGGAGGUCGCAUACAGAGAGCCAAGCAGGGAGUCACUUCUGCUACCUCACAGACAGCCAUACCUCUGUAGUUGGCAUGAGAGGACUGACUUCUGGCCGGGGGGUGGUUACUCUGCCUGUCUCCCCGCAGGAAUUGGAAAGCAGAGCAAAGGAUGAAGCUCAAGUUGAAGAUGUUAUUUGCCAGACACCGCACCUCUUCUGCUACCCAGCACAGAGCAACUUCUCUGGGAGGAAGUAUCCCCUUAGCCAUGUGAAAGGCAUCCAGGCGAGACGCCUUUACCCAGCAUGUGCCCACCAAGGCCGCUGGUUUGUGCUUCUCGAUGCAGCCUCUCAUGUCAGUUGUUCGCCUCUAAGCCUACAGGACUGCCCUGCUGAUUUCAUUCCCAUCUCUUUCUACAAGAUAUUUGGCUUCCCUACAGGCCUGGGGGCCCUUCUUGUCCGUAACGACGCAGCAGACAUACUAAAAAAGACUUAUUUCGGAGGUGGCACAGCAGCAGCUUACCUUUCUGGAGAAGAUUAUUAUGUACAGGCGGCAAACAUUUCUGACAGAUUUGAAGAUGGCACUGUCUCCUUCUUGGACAUCAUUGGUUUAAAUCAUGCAUUUGAAGCUCUUUACAGAAUCACAGGGGGCAUGCACAACAUCCAACAGCACACGUUCGGCCUGGCACGAUACACUUACAUGCUGCUGUCAAGUCUUUGCCAUGGCAACGGGAGACCAGUGGCUCACAUAUACACCGAAGGCCAGUUUGACAGUCCAAUCACACAGGGCGCAAUCCUGAACUUCAACCUAAUGGAUUCAAAUGGACAGAUAAUUGGCUAUUCACGGGUCGACAGAAUGGCCAGUCUGUACAAUAUUCACGUGCGUACAGGUUGCUUCUGCAACACGGGGGCCUGUCAGUCCUUCCUUGGGAUCACCAGUCAGCAGAUGAAGAGGAACCUGCAGGCCGGCCACGUCUGCGGAGACAACAUCGACCUAGUAGACGGCCAGCCGACCGGAUCUGUUCGAGUGUCCUUCGGCUACAUGUCAACGUUUGAAGACUGUCAAAAGUUCCUGAAUUUUGUGGCAGAGUGCUUCGUAGAGAAACCCGUCACAGUAGACCAAGAGAGGCUACAGAAGUUAAAAAGUGCUGCUGCAGCAUCAGAGGGCUCCAAUGACUCUCCUUCAAUCAAAAUUACUAAUGGAAAAGUAUGUAAAGGAGAUGAAAAGAAGCUCACAGAAGCAUCACUGAUGGGAUUUGGACUGAGAGACUCAAACAGCCAUGGGGAAGCUUAUACUCUGACCAACAUGUUCAUUUAUCCCAUCAAAUCUUGUGGAGCGUGUGAGGUCCAUGACUGGCCAAUAGGCCCACUGGGUUUACUGUAUGACAGAGGCUGGAUGGUGGUGAAUGGAAACGGCGUUUGCCUGAGUCAGAAGAGAGAACCCCGUUUAUGCCUCAUUCGCCCACAAGUCCACAUUCACUCCAACAAAUUGCUCCUGCAGGCAUCAGGGAUGGAUACCAUUUCUGUUCCCCUGGAAAACGACAAUCAGUCGCACACAGGGGUGUGUCACAGUAAAGUUUGUGGUGACAGGGUGGAGACUGUCGACUGUGGGAACGAGGCUGCAUCAUGGCUUUCAGACUUCCUUGGACAGCCAUGCCGCCUGAUAAAACAAAGGCCUGAUUUCACCCGAGAAAUGAAGAAAAGGCCUAGUGGAGCUGCCACCUCCACAUCGCUCUCUCUGGUAAAUGAAGCUCAGUAUCUGAUGAUCAACCGUGCCAGCGUGGAGCUCAUUCAGAACCUAAUGAGCAGCAGGCAGGACGAUUCUGGGGGCGAUCAGCUCCUCGACACACAGAGUGUCAUUAGUCGCUUCCGGGCCAAUUUAGUCAUCGCUGGUGUAGAACCGUUUGAGGAGGAUAAUUGGUCACACUUGAUUAUUGGCAGUACUCGAUUCAUGGUUGCGGGACAUUGUGGAAGAUGUCAUAUGGUUGGAGUAGACCAAGAUACAGGAACCAAAACAAAAGAGCCGCUAAUGUCUCUGUCUGCUUACCGCAGCGGGAAGGUGACCUUUGGUGUUUACCUGACCCAUCAGCUAACAGAGGUCUCCACUGCAGCCAACGUCCUCUCUGUCGGUUCCCUCAUACAGCCCGAUCCAAACUGUUCUUAAAGCAGUCAUCUGCAGCAUCCUCUUAAUUUAUUUGGGCGACAUGUCUGGUCCUAAGAGGCCAUUUCUCCACUGCGCAUCCUAAAUAUCACCUGUCAAACACUGACAGAGUUACUGUAGAUGCUGCUCUUUUCUUUGUGUAACCUGAGUGAUCCUCUCAAGUGUCCUUUUCAUGCCACAUUAUUCAGACUUUUAGGUAUUUGUGACAGGAAAUGCAUGCUAU